UCUAUUGAAACCCUAUCGUCCACUCCUGACUGGACCAUAACAACAACGCAGGAAGUGUUAAGCGACUCGACAAUCAGUGUUACAACAAUUGAUCCCGUUUGCGACCCAGACCCGUGUAAGAACGGUGGGACUUGUACACCCAAAUCAGGAACGUAUAAAUGUAGCUGUCCGGUAGGAUAUUCAGGAAAGACAUGUCAAAGAGAUCGUUACCUGUUGAGCGUUGGCCUUUACGGUGGAAACCAUAGCGGUGAAGGACGGGUCGGGUUUCUUCCAAGGGGUUAUUCCACACAUGACUUUGUUUCAGUAAGCUAUUCCUGGACCAUGUCCAUGUCCCACUUGGUGUGCCGAGACGUGGGUUUCCGUGGUGCCAUUGCAACACUAAGUGGUGACGUCUUUCCUACAGGAGAGCUGGGGGAGGUAGGAGAAGCUCAUUGCCCGGAGAGCCUCAACACCGUUACGGAAUGCUGGUACUCUACGAUCAGAAAUCGAGACACGAGUAUCGAGUACCACAUCGCUGUCGAAUGCUGCGCAUCCUCAAACUGCAGCUCUCCAUCUGGGCGACCUCUUGGAAUGGAGUCCGGCGAUAUUUCAGACGCCGACAUCAUUACGUCAUCCUGUCAGAGUACACCACCGUGUGGCCAUGAGGCACGUCUUAACUCAAUAAUGCCAUGGAGCGCUGCAUCAGGUGAUCAGACUAACCCUUACAUCCAGGUGAAUCUCGGAGCCUAUCACAUGAUCACUGCUGUCGUCACAAAGGGUGAUGUUAGCGGAUGGGUGACUUCUUUUAAGAUCUCGUAUGGCUCAGAGGAAACUGAUUUGAUGCUCCUUGCUGAUAUUGAAAACGGAAAUGAAAAAACGUUUCCUGGCAGCUUUGACGCCACUACAACAGUGACGACCUCGUUGGUUCCCUACAUCCUCGCCAAGUACAUUCGAUUGAUACCCAACUCGAGUCACCAUGUGGUCGCCAUGCAAUUUGAGCUCAUAGGUUACGGUCCACUUCCAGAACAUGUUGUUGAAAAACACGAUCGAGAUGGAACAUGUAUGGAAAGUGGUAUUCCGCUGGGAGUGGAGAAUGGGGACAUUGGCGAUGAGUCUCUUACGGCAUCAUCCAGUGAGCCCGGGAAUGAGGCCCAUAAGGCGAGACUAAACAGUAGUACAUGUGAUGGUUGGGUGCCUCUUGAAGCAGAACCAGAGCCUUUCCUACAGGUUGAUCUUGGAAAUAUUCAUCGAGUGGUUGGCGUAGUAACCCAAGGCCACCGCACACUGGAACAAUGGACUACAUCGAUUGUAUUAUCAUUUGACAGUGAUCAUGGAUGGACUGAUGUGGACGAAUGCGGCUCGAGAAAGAUCUAUUCAGCGAACUACGAUACCAACACCCCUGUUAUAAUCCGUCUCACCAACCCCGUAAAGGCGAGAAAGAUCCGGAUUCAUCCACAAUCAUGGAAAAACAAAGUGACAAUUCGAUGUGAAAUUUUAGGUUAUGUUAUCUGAAUGGGGUUCACUACAAGCCAGUGGCGGAUCUAGGAUUUUCCAAAAGGGGGAGGGGACAUUUUCCUGAGGAAAAA